UCUUUCCUUACCAAAACCAACAACACUUUCACCUAUACCUGUUAGAAAAGACUGUAGGUAAAUUACCAGUUCAUUCGUUUAAGUAUACAGGUUUUAUUUGUGAUUUAGAAACGAAUUCUGAAUUUGUUGUUAUUGAGAGAUCAUUAACAACGGACUUCUUGCUUUCCUUUUCAUACUGUACGAUACCCAAUUUUGCAUCACUUCACUAUGGAUAUAACGAAAUCUCACCAAACUGUCGAUGAAAGCAUGACUCAACUUUCCUUGUCUCCUCCAGACAAGCCCUCUUUUCUUUCGAGCCAAUUCCAAGCUCCUCGUAGCUUAAGCCAACCCGCAAAACGUGCCUUGAAGCCAUUUGCUUCAGAGGACAUCAAGAUUUUGCUCUUGGAAAACGUCAACCAAUCUGCCUUAGGCAAGUUGAAACAACGAGGCUAUCAAGUAGAAUUCUUAAAGUCUUCCCUUAGCGAAGAUGAGCUUGUUGAAAAAAUCAAGGGUGUUCACGCCAUCGGUAUCCGUUCCAAGACCCGCUUGACUAAACGUGUCUUGGAGGCCGCCGAUAAUCUCAUCGUCAUCGGUUGCUUCUGUAUCGGUACUAACCAAGUGGAUUUGGAAUAUGCUGCCGAGCGUGGUAUCGCCGUCUUCAACUCGCCUUAUGCCAACUCUCGUUCGGUGGCCGAACUCGUCAUUGGCGAAAUCAUCUGCUUGGCUCGUCAAGUAGGCGAUCGCUCUAUGGAAUUGCACAAUGGUGAAUGGAAUAAAGUUUCUAAUGGCUGUUGGGAAAUCCGUGGCAAGACCUUGGGUAUUGUCGGUUACGGUCACAUUGGUUCCCAACUUUCUGUUCUUGCCGAAGCCAUGGGCCUUCACGUCAUUUACUAUGAUGUUCUCCCUAUCAUGCCUUUGGGUUCUGCCAAGCAAUUGAGCUCCCUUCAUGAGCUUCUCCAUCACGCAGAUUUUGUCUCGUUUCACGUUCCUGCUUCCCCCGAAACGAAAAACAUGGUUUCUAGUGCUGAAUUUGCUGCCAUGAAGAACGGUAGCUAUCUCAUUAACGCUUCUCGUGGUACUGUUGUUGACAUCCCUGCCAUGGUUGCUGCUAGCAAGAGCGGCAAGCUUGCCGGUGCUGCUAUUGACGUCUACCCCUCUGAACCUGCUGGUAAUGGUAAGGGUAAGUUCGCCAACAGUUUGAACGCUUGGACCAGCGAGUUAUGCUCUUGCAGAAAUAUUAUCAUGACUCCUCACAUCGGCGGUAGCACUGAAGAGGCUCAAUACAACAUUGGUCUUGAGGUGAGUGAGGCACUGAUUCGCUACAUCAAUGAGGGUAACAGUGUCAGUGCUGUCAACUUCCCCGAAGUUUCUUUGCGCAGUCUUACCGAAGCUGAUACCAAUGUCGUCCGUGUCUUGUUCGCUCAUAGAAAUGUGCCUGGUGUCCUUCGACAUGUCAAUGAAAUCCUUGUCAAUCACAACAUCAAAGCCCAAUUCUCGGACUCUCGUGGUGAGAUUGCUUACUUGGUUGCCGAUAUCAGCGAUUGUUCCCCUAGUUCCUUGGAAACUUUGCAUACUAAGUUAGAGUCUUUGCCAGGGAAGAUUAAUACUCGCCUUUUGUAUUAAAAUGGGAAUCAUCGUCCAGCUACAACCCAAAAAUUUUCUUUCGCCAUUAUCUUUUUCUUUAAAAAUCCGAGUUCGCCCUUACCUGCUCUGAACUGAAUAAGUUCUUUCAUUCAACAUUCCAUGGUACACACAAAAUCCAAAAAUGAAUUCUCCUUGUAUUAAGAAACCGGAUCCUUCAACUGGUCCAUUCUUGUUUUCAAAUAGGAAAAAUUAAAUGGUGCUGCUUUGUACGAAUCUUUAAUACCUUCCUGAUAUGGUUAAUUUUUAUGAAAACAGUUUAUCCUGGUUUAUGUUCUUCAACGACAGUCAGAAUAUUAUGAGCAAAGUUGUGUUACUUUUAUUUAAAAAACUUAAUUUCAUGAAUUAAUCGAUAUUAACACAGCAUACGAGAUUCUCCUUCAAAGUUUGACAACGAA